GCCACAGUACGGACGAUCGCGAUGAACCGAAUAACCUUUAGGCCUGUGUCUCUCUACUCCGCAACGCUGGUGUUACUUUUCCUCUGUUCCCCUCUUGACUUCUGCCUUUGUUCUUCGUCUCUCGAAUCCGCGAUGCUGGUCUUCUUCAUCGUCUGUUUCUCCCUCAACUUCGUCCUUUCUUCCUUCUUUCUCCGUUUCUCUACUUAUGGCACUAUACCAAUAGCUUUGUACGACGCUCACCUCGCCGGCCAAUCAAAUAGCUUACCUACUUCGCUAAUUGCCGCCAUUAACCAGGAUCCGGACUGUUCUCGAAAACAGCGAGAAGGUCCUAGUCAAGGCCAGCAUGACCCAGAGCUGAAGGAAACGAUGAAGCAGUGCGAGUACCCACGUUCGCGUCACACUCUACGAAGCCCAGCCGCCGCAGCCCGACAGGCCGCGGAUCUUCUACGAGACCAGCCGCACCGGGAUAUGUAUCCCGUAGAAACACCAGGCGACACUAUUCCCCAAGCUGGUGUGCAGGGAUUUGGUUCAUCUCUUUUGGUUCAUCUCCGCCGGCUGAGGGCCUUUGAACAGCCAGAUUCCCCCUUCUACCCCGCGACCACCGCAACCCGCAGCGCCCGUCGCCGAGCCGGUCAUCAUCAAACCGCCGCCGUGCUCCGCUCAGACCCGGCAGAGAGACACCAGACGAUGGCGAAGGAGAGACGCAGGGCAGAAGAGGAGGAAAAAGCCGCGCAGCCGACCAAGGAAGGAUACAAUGGUACUGAAUUGGGAGACGAACCGCGCGCAUCGAAUACGCCGGGGCAUCUGCGCAUCCUUCGCAACUACGCGUGGCUCGCCUAG